GUGGACCUGUGGCAAACUCACAAAUACAAGUACUGCAAAUUACUGUAUGGCCUGGAAAUGAAGGCUAACAACUAUGGUCGUCUUACCAAGAUUUUCUAAUUGUAGGUCUCUCUCUGUCAUCAAUCUUGCCAAGGCCCCAUCCAGUGUAGAAUAGUGUGUGGAGCACAAUGUUGUGUUAGCAAAAAGGUUUUAUGUGCUGUCUGCUCUUUCAGGAGUUUUCAUAGCUGAAUGAACGCACACCGACAGGGAGCAUGCGCUCUUUAGAGAGGCAGGAAGCCGUUUUGCGGCAUUUGUGAUGUUGAAGCGGGAAGCAACGGAACUCUGCCCCCAUUGACAGCAACGCAAAAAGAGACAGCUCCAGCCGUCCACCAAGAGGACAAGCAUGCCUCGAGAAAUCAUAACACUACAACUUGGACAAUGCGGAAAUCAAAUUGGAUUUGAGUUCUGGAAGCAGCUGUGUGCUGAACAUGGCAUCAGUCCUGAGGGCAUUGUGGAGGAGUUCGCCACAGAGGGAACGGACCGAAAAGAUGUAUUCUUCUAUCAAGCCGAUGAUGAGCACUACAUCCCCCGUGCCGUGCUGAUGGACCUGGAGCCGCGGGUCAUCCACUCCAUCCUGAACUCGCCCUAUGCCAACCUGUACAACCCAGAGAACAUCUACCUGUCAGAGCACGGGGGUGGCGCUGGGAACAACUGGGCCAGUGGCUUCUCUCAAGGAGACAAGAUCCAUGAGGAAGUCUUUGACAUCAUCGACAGAGAGGCAGACGGCAGCGACAGCCUGGAGGGCUUUGUGUUGUGCCACUCCAUUGCUGGAGGAACUGGUUCUGGAUUGGGCUCCUAUUUGUUGGAACGCCUCAACGACAGAUACCCUAAGAAGCUGGUCCAGACGUACUCCGUCUUCCCCAACCAGGAUGAGAUGAGCGAUGUGGUUGUGCAGCCCUACAACUCUCUUCUCACACUCAAGAGACUGACACAGAACGCUGACUGUGUGGUGGUUCUGGAUAACACCGCUCUGAACCGGAUCGCCACUGAUCGGCUUCACAUCCAGAAUCCUUCCUUCUCCCAGAUCAAUCAGCUGGUGUCCACUAUCAUGUCUGCCAGCACAACAACUUUGCGUUACCCUGGAUACAUGAAUAACGAUCUAAUUGGUCUGAUAGCCUCACUUAUCCCCACACCCCGCCUCCACUUCCUCAUGACUGGCUACACUCCUCUCACCACAGACCAGUCGGUGGCCAGCAUUAGGAAGACCACAGUGCUGGACGUUAUGAGGAGGCUCCUGCAGCCUAAGAACGUUAUGGUGUCCACAGGACGGGACCGUCAGACCAACCACUGCUACAUCGCCAUCCUCAACAUCAUCCAGGGAGAGGUGGACCCCACGCAGGUUCAUAAGAGCUUACAGAGGAUCAGGGAGAGGAAGUUGGCCAACUUCAUCCCAUGGGGCCCUGCCAGUAUCCAGGUGGCGCUGUCGCGCAAGUCUCCCUACCUGCCCUCGGCACAUCGCGUCAGCGGCCUGAUGAUGGCCAACCACACCAGCAUCUCCUCACUGUUUGAGCGCACCUGCAAGCAGUACGAUAAACUGCGGAAGCGCGAGGCCUUCCUGGAGCAGUUCCGGAAGGAGGAAAUGUUCAAGGAGAACUUUGACGAGCUGGACAAUUCACGUGAGGUGGUGCAGCAGCUGAUCGACGAGUACAGCGCUGCCACACGACCUGACUACAUCUCCUGGGGCUCACAGGAGCAGUGAGACACACACACACGCUCAAGGCUGUGCCUCAUCAGAAGAAGCCUGCAUUCACACACACACACACACACGCACACACACACACACACAAUCUUUGAUAGAGAAGUCUCCCAGCCUUCUACAUCCCUGUGCCACACUCAAGGAGUGGACAUUGUUGAUAACUGUUUGCUGAAGCACCUCACGAUCCUGAUGUGGGAUCAGGAAGGGCCUUAGCCCUCUAAUGACAAAGUAGAGUAGCCGGAAAGGAAGGGCCUGUUCCCAGAACAGCCCUCCUACUCUCCUCCCGUCCCUCGUCUCUCACUCAUGUGUGCCUAAAAAUGCUCCGCAAUUGUAGUCAAUUGCUUGUUCAGUUCGUCUAUCUGCUUUUUCCUUUCUUUUGCACAAUCAUCUCUACCUCUCUCUCUCUCUCUCUUUUUUGACGUAUUUUUUUCUUUUGCUGAUCUACAACUUUACACCGUCUGGCUUGACGACCCGUCUAUUGCUAUUCAAUAGCAUUUCCUAUAGAUGGGCAUUGCCAUUAACAUGUAGAAACGAAGACACCCAGUCUCAGAGCAGAACUAUGUGACACACACGAGCCCAUAAACUGAAGAGGGUUUUCUGUCUUUGUUCCAGAUCAUCAAGUGAAUACUCAGAGGUGUAAAUGAUCUUCUCAUCUCUCUCUUUCCCCUUUGCCCUUUUCUUUCUUUCUUUCUUUCUUUCUCUCUCGCUCUCUCUCUCUCUCUCUUCCAUAACACACACACAGGUUUAAAAAUAGCUCAGGCAAUCACACAAGAGAUGUGUCUGAAUGUAACCCGAGAGGGGCUGGAGUAGGACUGGAGACGGAAGUGGAGAGGCAGGAAACACACACACACACACACACACCAAACAUACACACUCACACACACACACACACAAAGCAACUCUCAUUUAUGUCUCUCCUGCACACAAGCUGCACAAUCAGUCUUUUCCCUCAGGAGGUUGAAAUAUAAGCGCGUGCACACACACACACACACACACACACACACACACACACACACACACACUGCUUAAUGGAAACACAGAAUGUACUGUGUGUCUGUGUGUGCGCGUGCGUAAACCACAGUGUUUAAUAUAGUCCAGGUGUGGAUGGUGGAACGGUUCUCGGUUCCACUGAGCUCUUAAAGCGCUGCGUUGGUUUGAAGUGGAUCUGACUUGUGUGGUAAAAGGCCUUCAGUACACACACACACACACACACACCCCAGCCCCCGUCCCAACUCUCACCCUGAACAUGAGCCCAGUGUGCGUGAGCUGUAGCUCUGUCUGACGUCACACACACACUUCCUGCCGCCCUCGCCCUGUUCACGCGUCCCAAAUGUAAAUACUCAGCUGCUUCAAAUUUACUCAAGUUGUGAUAUGGUCAAAAUAAAUGGUUGUCUUUUUUUUUUCAAGAA